AUGAAGAAUCUAGGAAAGUUGAAAUACUUCUUGGGAAUAGAGGUGGCUAGAUCGGAUGAAGGAAUUUUUCUAUCUCAACGUAAAUAUGCGUUGGACAUUGUUUCAGAUUGUGGCUUGCUUGGUGCUAAACUUGUGUCUAUCCCAGUUGAGCAGAAUCAUCACUUGACAGCAGACAAAGGGCCAUUGUUUUCAGAUCCAAAAAAGUAUCGACGUCUUGUAGGACGUCUUGUGUACUUAUCAAUUACACGACCUGAACUCUGUUAUGCGAUUCACUUAUUGUCUCAGUUUAUGAAAGCACCGCAUGUAGCUCAUUGGGAAGCUGCACUCCGUGUGGUUCGGUUUCUCAAAGGCUGUCCUGGACAAGGGAUACUCCUACGAUCAGAUAGUAACCUUGAGCUCUCGGUAUAUGUAGAUGCAGACUGGAGUACAUGUCCCUUUACGCGGAAAACUAAGAAGCAGAAAACGGUUUCAGACUCUUCCGCUGAAGCAGAAUAUCGCGCAAUGGCCGCAGCCACAAAAGAGAUGAAAUGGAUUGUUCCUUUGAUGAAAGAACUUGGUGUUCCAGUUGACAAACCUGUUCCUUUCUACUGUGAUAGCAAAGCAGCAAUCCAUAUAGCCGCUAACCCUGUCUUCCAUGAGCGUACUAAACAUAUUGAAAGAGACUGUCACAGGGUUCGUGAUGCCAUUAAAGAUCGUCUUAUCUCUACUACAUAUGUCCGCAGCAAAGAUCAGAUUGCUGACAUUUUAACCAAAGCUUUGGGGCGUUCUCAGUUUGAGUUUCUAUCUUCCAAGUUGGGUGUUCAAGAUCUUCACGCUCCAACUUGA